AGUACUCGCACUCUCAGCGAAAAAGAAAUAAUGAAGAAGCUGAGAUGGGCUACGGACGGCGGAUUCUGGGAGGUUGACCUAUCCACGGCGGUGACUGUUGACGGAGUAGCUCGGCCGGCGCCGGAGGAUCCCAUACCUUUAGGGUUGAGCCGUGGGACAAGGUUGUCUCGUCCCAAGCAGAUUGAUUUCUUCCAGAGAUUCAUGUCUAUGCCCUUUGUCCCCUCUUUCUCCAAUUCCAACGGACUCUCUUUCCACCGCCUUAUCUCUCUCCCUCUCCCUCCCGACACCUGGUUUUCAACAUUGGUUGGACGCUUCGAUGUGCGCAAGUUCACAUCUUCUCUCCCACCAAGGCAAAGGCCAAGGCAACAACAAGAGGACUCCGAUGCUUCUUUUUUGCAUACUGUUUGGACACAUCUUUUGAACCCAGGCUUCUAUGCUCUCAAUUUCUGCUCCGAAUGGCUGUUAACACCUGAAGAUACACUGCUACUCAGCCUCGAAAAACACGGUAGCAGCCACGACACCAUUCCUAGGAAGAAGGCUGUACUUCAUCACAAGUUCUUCGAUCAUAAUCUCACUAUCGAGGCAGCUUCUCCCACACUCUUUGUCGAUAGUCUUGGCAAUUACUGGGAUGUUCCCUUCACAUUGGGGCUGGAUUUUGCAUCACUACCUUCUUCUGAUUCUGGGAUGAGCUCUCAUUUCUGCAUCAACCAUACUUCAGGUUCCCCCCAUAAAUAUGAUACGACCCCUGUAUCCGUACCCGUACCUCCUAGUUUGCUUCCUGGUUUGUGCGCCAAAUGUGCCGUUUCCUUCAAGAACAACUUUGACAUUUGGAGGAGCCAAGCACCAAAGACGAAAUUGGUGCAACCCUAUGAUAUAUUUCUCUCUAAUCCUCAUAUUUCAGCAUCCGCAAUCAUAGGAACUGUAAUAACUGCAUCCCUUGGAGAGAAUUCUGUUAGAGCCAAGGCAGCAGAUGGAUGGUUUGGAUUUCAAGCCAAAGGACCAAAUUCUGCCAUUUCAGCUGAUCUUUUUGCAACUGCAUCACUCUCCGCUCAACAUGGAAAUUUCCAGAAGCUCUUUUUGGACCUUACCCGUAUUAAUGCACGUGUAGAUGUUCCUUCCAUGUCAAAAUUUGUAGUUGGUGCCUCUCGAUUAGCUGUGGACCUCUACAAUUCUCGUCAAGCACCAAGUGUCGAAGCAAUCCAGUUUAUCUGUCCUUCUGCCAGCCUUUCAAUUCAGCAGCAGAUUUGUGGACCUUUGAGCUUUAGAAUUGAUUGUGGGGUGAGUGUUGAUAUGACGAAGAAGAAAGAAUGGUGGUAUAUGAAUGUGAUAAAUGAUCCUGUUUAUGCCGCUGAAUAUGCAUUACAAGUUCUUGGUUCUGCAAAAGCUGUAGCCUGGUAUUCCCCCAAACAAAGAGAGUUCAUGAUUGAACUCCGAUUCUUCGAGACAUGAUUUACUUGAAUUGGUUCACUUCUUUCUCUAAACCAUUUUUUAAUGUAACUUGUUUUAGUCCAAAAUAGCUUUUACAUUCACUCCAACCAUUAAUUGGAAUGUAUUUUUUUGUAAUUGUUUUUUUAGUAGUAUAUGAGUUAAUUGUUGUAGGUGUUGUAUUGGAUGCCUAACGUUGCUCGACAAUGUUGUUCCAUGACA